CUGUGCUUCAUUAAUCAACAUGAUGCUGUGUAAAGUGUUCUUUAACAUUGGAAUAAUUAUCAUUUUGAACAGUUCCUUAAUUGUUGGAAGUGAUCCGGCUGAUUAUUCUGGUUUAAGCGACACGAGUAUUUCAUUAGAUGGCGAUUCAAAUUCAGAUUAUGUUCCGGUAAAAAAAACAAGAAAAAAGCCUGUAUUUGCAGGAGGUUGUAACACAAAUCCAGAGGCACCCACAAAUGGUAGAAUACAAUGUUCCAUGCAUAGUGGAUGCAUUGCAAGUUGUAAUAAAGAUUAUAAAUUUCCAAAUGGGGUGAAGCAGUUAGCUAUAACAUGUAUUGACAAACAGUGGCGUAUUACUGGUUCAGAUUGGAAUUCAGUGCCUCAUUGUGAACCAAUUUGUAUGCCAGAGUGCAUGAACAAAGGGGUAUGUGUUGCACCUCAUCAAUGCAAUUGUCCCGAAGAUUUUACUGGUCCGCAGUGCCAAUUUGAGAAUAAGCCCUGCUUAAACUAUCCUCCUCCAGUACUCAAUUCCCACAAGCGUUGUAAUUCAAAAUCCUGUACUAUAUCUUGUAUGAAGAAUUUCACGUUUCCGGACGGUACCUCAGUUACUAAUCUUAUGUGCAAGAAUGGAAAUUGGGAACCUACCAGAGAAGAUUGGGUCUCUGUGCCUGAUUGUGAACCCGUGUGUACUCCACCUUGUAUAAAUGGAGGUACUUGUCUUCCAUCAAACAUUUGUCAGUGCCCACAGGCAUACAGAGGUCCUCAGUGCCAAUAUUCCGCUGAUGCUUGCAAUGGAGAAAAAAUGGGCUUUAAUGGUGGAUUCUAUUGUCACAGUAUUGAUGACAAUUAUUCAUGCAUCAUUAAUUGUCCGGAUGGAGUAGAAUUCGAGUUCCCUCCAGCUACUGCAUACACAUGUUCUUAUGCAACAGGCGUUUUCUAUCCACAACCAAUUCCUCAGUGUAAAUACAAUGAAAAUAUGAAUGUGAUUUCUUUGGGUACUAUGUACAAUUCUUAUGUAAAAGAGACAAAUCAUACUUGGAGCUACCAAGAUUUCUCUAAUAUGAAUCAAUCUCCAAAUAUCAAACCCAGCUAUGACCCAGGUCUUUUUAACAAUUAUGAGAAUAUGACAUCGAAAACGGUGGCACACAAUUCAUUCGAUAACAUGGUGUUCAUCGAAGAGGCACAACCGACACCAGAAACUUGUUUUACUUGGGGUGGAAUGAAUUACAAAACAUUUGACGACAUGAUAUAUAGUUUCAACAGCGAAUGUUCUUACAUUCUAGUACAAGAAGCCCAGAACAGAAUCUUCACUGUAAUAGUACAGAACAAUCCAGUUUGCAAGACUCUAGAUUGCUCUAAGAUCAUAAAGAUCUUCAUUCAGGAUAAAGAAUAUAUUUUGUCACGGAACGAAAAUGGUAUUCCAGAAUUUCGAACUCCAACAAAAUUGCUACCAAUUCCAGCUCAACUUUCCUAUCUGAGAGUCGAGAUGUCUGCGCAUUUUAUUGUUGUGAACCUGGACUCUUUGGGAAUUCAGAUGAAGUGGGAUGGUGCUCUCAUGGUGCAAGUUGAAGCUCUUGAGAAUAUGUGGAAUAAAACUGUUGGUCUUUGCGGCAACAUGAAUGGCAAUAAGAACGAUGACCUAAUAAGUAAAACUGGAGACAAAAUGAAAAGCAUAGCGACAUUUGUGUCUUCCUGGCGAACGGAGAGGAUUGGAGAAACCUGCGAUGAAUACCCAGAUACUCGUCAUCCUUGUGAAUCUGACCCGGUAGUCACCAGAGAGGCUAAGCUCUUUUGCACAAACCUACUCUCUGAUAGAAGAUUCUAUGCUUGUUCCAAUGCAAUCAAUGUUGCCGACUUAUUGAAAGCCUGUUUAUGGGAUUACUGUGCUUGCACGCGCGACGACAGAAGGGAAUGUGCCUGUGAAACUAUGAAUGUUUAUAUCAGACAAUGUGCACAUAAGAAAAUUGUAUCCCUGACAGGCUGGAGAAAUGAGAACACUUGUCCUAUGACGUGCAACAAUGGUAGAGUGUACAUGCCAUGUGGUCCUCAGACUGAAUCAUCAUGUUGGACAGAAGUUGAAAGGAAACCAAAUACUGAUAAUUGUGAAGAGGGUUGUUUCUGUCCAGCAGGAACUGUGGCUCAUGAAGGCAGAUGUAUAUAUCGUGAAGAAUGUCCUUGCAGAUUACGUGGAAAGCUGUUCGAACCUGGCAAAAGUGUUCAGAAAGAUUGCAACACCUGUACGUGUUCCUCUGGAAAAUGGUUGUGUACUCAAACUAGAUGCAGCGCUAGAUGCGCAGUGGUUGGCGAUCCUCAUUACACCACCUUUGAUGGAAAACAUUAUGAUUUCAUGGGGAAGUGCAAGUACUACUUGAUGAAGGGCGACAAUUACAGCAUAGAGAGUGAAAAUGUUCCUUGUUCUGGUGCAAUAUCAGAGAAUAUGGGACUUGUUCCAUCUGAUGCCCCGUCAUGUACAAAGACUGUGACUGUUAACUAUCAAGACACAUCUGUGAAGCUCAAGCAGCAUCAUCAAGUACUGAUCAACGGCGAUGAUUUAACAGUAUUUCCUAAGAUUGUCAACGACGUCAGAAUACGUGUCGCAAGCAAUAUAUUCUUGAUCGUUCAUUUGCCAAACGGUUUGGAAGUCUGGUGGGACGGGCUCACUCGCGUUUACAUCAAUGCUCCUCCUGAAUUUCAUGGUAAAACUCAGGGGCUCUGUGGUACCUUUUCGGAGAAUCAGAAAGAUGAUUUCAUUACACCAGAGGGUGACAUCGAAAACAUGGCUGUCUCUUUUGCGAAUAAGUGGAGAACUGACGAGACUUGUCCCAGUGUUCCUGAAAAGGAAUCAGAUGAUCCUUGCGACCUUGAUCCUCAAAAUCGAGAAGCUGCUAAGCAAUAUUGCUCUUAUUUGUACAGUGAUAUCUUCGCUGGCUGUCACUGGUACGUGGACCCAGAAACAUUUCAUAAGGAUUGUUUAUUCGACAUGUGCUCCUGCAAAGUUGGUGUUGAAUCAUGUCUCUGUCCUAUGCUAGCCGCUUAUGCUACAGAUUGUGCCGCGGCAGGAAUAAAACUUUUGUGGCGUUCUGAAAUAGACGAAUGCAAGAUACAUUGCCCUGCAAAUCAAGUCUAUCAGAUUUGUGGGAACAGUUGCACGAGGUCGUGUGGAGAUAUAUCCUCUUAUCCAGAGUGUAAACAAGACUGUGCAGAAGGAUGUUUCUGUCCGGAAGGAGAGACAUUAGAUGUUCAUGGAAACUGCAUUCCAAUUGGGCAAUGCCCAUGCACGUAUCAAGGAGUAGAAUUUAACGUAGGACACAAAGAGAUCAGACCUGGCAAUAAAGCUCCUGAACUUUGUACCUGUGCAGGUGGAAUGUGGAAUUGUCAAGAGGCAACACAGGAUGAAAUUAAAGAGUAUCCAGCAACUAAGGAACUUAUGACUUCUUGUGUAGCAAGCAAACAUCUAGAAGUUACAGAUUGUGCACCCGUGGAACCUUUAACUUGUCGCAAUAUGCAUACACUGGUUCAAAAGCCAUCUGUUUGUAAAUCUGGCUGCGUGUGCAAGCCCGGUUACGUGUUAGACGAGCCUAAUGGCAAUUGUAUUAAAAAAGAAUCCUGUCCAUGUCAUCAUGGAGGUCAGAGUUACAAAGAAGGGUCCGUUAUACAGAAUGAGUGCAAUACAUGUGAAUGUACGAAUGGCGCGUGGAAAUGUACAGAUAGAACAUGUGCAGGAGUUUGUACUGCUUGGGGCGAUUCACAUUAUAAAACGUUCGAUGGAAAGAUCUACGACUUCCAAGGAAUGUGCGAUUACCUUCUGGUUAAAGGUUCUUUAAGCACGGAGGACUCUUUUGAUGUCUCGAUUCAGAAUGUACCUUGUGGAACAAUUGGAGUGGCAUGCUCCAAGUCAGUUACUUUAACAGUUGGAAGCAAUGAAAGUCCAGAAAGUAUCACUUUUACGAGAGGAAAAGAUCUUCCUUCAGGAAACUUUAAAAGAAUGGCAAUUAGAACAACAGACUUGUUUGUAUUUGUUGAUGUGCCAGACAUAGGAGUAACUCUUCAGUGGGAUAAGGGUACCAGAGUAUAUAUAAGACUAGAUCCCAAAUGGAAGGGUCGUACAAAAGGAUUGUGUGGUGAUUACAAUGACAAUAGUGAAGAUGAUUUUAAAACACCUUGUGGUGGUAUAUCAGAGGCGUCUGCCAAUUUGUUUGGAGACUCCUGGAAGAAGAACGAUUUCUGUCCAGAGCCUAAAGAUGUCAAAAAUCCUUGUGAACAGAAUCCAGAACGAAAUCUGUGGUCCGUACAGAAAUGUGGAAUACUGAAGUCAGCCGUGUUUCAGCCAUGUCAUUCUGAAGUCGAUGUUGAGAGCUAUUUACGCAAUUGUAUCUUUGAUACAUGUGGUUGUGAUACAGGAGGAGAUUGCGAAUGUCUUUGUACUGCAUUGGCAGCAUACGCACAGGAAUGCAAUGACAAAGGUGUUCCCAUAAAAUGGCGCAGUCAGGAACUAUGUCCCAUACAAUGCGAUGAAAAAUGCAGUUCUUAUUCACCAUGCGUUACAACAUGUCCUCGCGAAACUUGCGACAAUUUGAUGACUCUAAAAGACCAGUCUCAUUUGUGUUCUCAGGACACGUGUGUAGAGGGGUGUUUGACUAAAUCAUGUCCUGAAAAUCAAGUGUUCAGCAACGAUAGCUAUACAGAAUGCGUUCCCAAAGAGACGUGUAAAUCAUUCUGCACUGAAAUCAAUGGGGUAACGUAUUACGAGGGUGAUAAUGUUAAGAGCGACGACUGUCAAACGUGUUUCUGUAGUCGUGGCAAAGUAUUGUGCAAAGGAGAACCUUGUACCACCAGUACUACUUUAACAAUUCCAGGGGAAGAACCACAAAGAUGUGUAGAUGGUUGGACUGCAUGGAUAAAUCAAAACCCAGCGAUUAAAGGAAGAAAAAUUAUAGACAACGAACCUCUGCCUACCCUAAUUGACUUGACAAAUAUGAAAGGAUCAGCAGUAUGUGACAAAAAUCAUAUGGUUGACAUAAGAUGCAGAUCGGUGAAAGAUCAUUUGACACCAAAAGAAACUGGUCUGGAUGUGGAAUGUAGUUUGGAGCAGGGUCUUUAUUGUCGAUCUCAACCGAAUCUCCCUUGUAUCGACUUCGAAAUUAGUGUUUUAUGUCAGUGUUCAGAAAUUACCACUGAAAUACCAAGUACAGUGAAACCGUUUGAAGAAUGCAGCAUGGAACAACCCUAUAAGACUCAUCCUACGGAUUGUCGUUUGUUUUAUCAAUGCGCUCCUGGAACCAAAGGAAACGAAUAUGUAGAGAAAUCUUGUGGUCAGAAUAUGUUUUACAAUCCACAGUCACAAGUUUGCGAUUGGCCAGCUAAUGUUAUGCAGAUAAGACCAGAGUGUUUGACUGAGAAAAGAACGUCAGGCAAUAAAACUACUACAACAAUUACUACUUCAGAAAAGAAUGUCACAACUACAAACGCUUGCAAGGAAGGAGAAACGUGGAGUAACUGUGCUAUCAAUUGCAAUAAAAUUUGCGAUUAUUAUCGCUUCAUUUUGUUAAAGGAAGGCAAGUGUAGUGAUACCUCUGAUUGCAUAUCAGGAUGCGUCCCAGAAAAAAGACCAGCAUGUCCACCACACAAAUUUUGGAGAGAUGCAACUACUUGUGUUGAAGAAGCUGACUGUACUUGUAAAUCCCACGAUGGUCAGCCAGUUAUUUCUGGAGCAGUUAUCAAGGAAUCAGAAUGUGAAAUUUGUCAGUGUAUAAAUAAUUAUUACACCUGUGAUACGUCGUCAUGUUCGACCACGUCGACUGAGAAGUCAUUUACUCGUUCACAAAUGGAAGCAAUUACUACAAGCUCUCCCAUGUUUGAGACCACAAAACCAUCAACACAAACUCCUGUCACAAUCGUGAUACCUAGUACUGUCAGUCCACCCGCCUAUUGUGACAGCAAUAAGUUUGUUCCUUUAAUCCAGACAGAGGAACAGGUUAUUUUCAAUGCAAGCAGUAGUAAGGGCCCUGAAUUUGGUCCUGAACAUUCAAUAUUGAGUGACAAUGCUGGAUAUUGGGAGCCUGCAUACCCUAACACUGAUGAAUGGCUUGACAUAAAGUUCCCAAAACCUGAACCAAUCUAUGGCAUUGUUCUACAAGGCAGUGGCGUGGAUGACAAAUUUGUAACCAGCUACAAUGUACUAUUUUCUGAGGAUGGUCACUCAUUUUCAUAUGUAACGGAUGAUAGAAAGCAGACACGGAUAUUUAGAGGACCUGUGGAUAAAUUCAGACCAGUCGAGCAGAAAUUUUAUGAGCCCAUAGAAGCUAGAGUUGUUCGGAUAAAGCCCUUGACUUGGCACAAUGGAAUAGCCAUAAGAGUAGAGUUACUUGGCUGCCAAGAAUUGAUGACUACCAGCACUACAGUAACAGUAACUGUUCCACUAACAACAACUGAGAACAUCAUUAAGCCAGUGUGUGACGAGCCAAUGGGAAUAGAGAAUGGUCUUAUAUAUCCUGAACAACUUUCAACAUCCUCUUCGUCCACGGAUCUAUUACCAAACUUGAAGUUAAGUUCUCCAAACGUUUGGCAUCCCAAACUGGAUAACCCACAUCAAUUUAUCCAGAUUGAUUUCUUAGAACUACGUAACCUAACAGGAAUUGUGACAAAAGGCGGUGAAGGUAGCUGGACUACCGUUUAUAAAGUAUUUUACAGUAAUGAUGGUCACCAGUGGAAUCCAGUUAUGGAUAAAGAUGGAUACGAAAGGGAAUUUUUAGGGAACUUUGAUUCUGAAACUGUGAAAACAAACUAUUUUGACAGACCUCUGAAUGCGAGAUAUCUAAAGCUGCAACCAUUUAAGUGGCACGAGCAUAUAGGUUUGAAAUUUGAAGUUCUUGGGUGCUUUUUGCCAUAUCCUCCUAUUACAAGAACCACUGAGACCGUAGAAAGAGUACCAACAACAAAAAUACCGAGCGAAUGCAAUGUAUGCGAAGGAAUAUUUGUUGAAAAUCAAAGUUACUGCAUGUGCGAAGAGUCUUACUGGUGGAAUGGGAAUACUUGUGGAACCAGACAAGAAUGUCCUUGCGUUGUUGGACACAUUUCAUAUAAUGUGGGUGCAACGUAUCUGAGCGAAGACUGCCAGGAAUGCACAUGCACCUUGGGUGGUACUUCCUUCUGUCAGCCAAAGAAAUGCGAGGCGUGUAAUGAACCAGGAAUGCGGCCAGUAAUUAACGAACUAUGCAACUGCGUGUGCAAACCGUGUCCUCCUGGUACACGUCUAUGUCCAACCAGUAACGUUUGUAUCGAAGACAAUCUGUGGUGCAACGGUAUUCAAGAUUGUCCAGACGAUGAGCAGGAUUGUCCAAAAAUUAUCGAAACUACUCCUUCUUCAGAGCAUACAACGGAGAACAUUUACACUACAACUGUGACGCCUACAACAGGUGCACCAACUGUGUGUCAAGAUCCAGUUUGUCCACCAGGUUACAAGACAGUUCUGAAGUUAUCGAUGAAAGCACAACGUUAUACAAAUUCUUAUAGGGACAGUGGAGUGAAAUCUUUACGCAGAAGUCAUUUGAAAACAAAAGCAUCAAGGAAGUACAAUUCAAAGUAUAUUGUGGAAUCUCAAAAUGGGGCAGAAUGUCCACAAUUCACCUGUGUGCCAAUUAAACUACCCCCAUUCCUUAAUGAAAGCAGACCAGAGACCUGUCCAAAGGUAUCUUGUCCACGAGGUUAUACUGUAGUCUACGAAAAGAUGAGUAUGUACAAGCUUCAGAAGUGUCCUAAGUACACUUGCAAACCCCCAGCACCAGAAGAGGCUGUGUGCAACAUAACAGGAAGAACGUUCAAUACGUUUGAUAAAUUAGAAUACAAGUAUGACAUUUGUAACCACAUUCUGGCCAGGGAUAUGUAUUCUAACAAGUGGUACAUAACUUUGGAGAAACAAUGUGAUACACGCAGUGGUCAAUGCACCAGAGUUUUAGCAAUAACUUUGGACGACGACGUGAUUGUUCUGUAUCCAGACAUGCAUGUGGACAUUAAUGAAUUCAGUUUUACACCCAAUCAGGUAGCUCGAUUGGGUGAUAAGUUUUCUUCUUUCAAGAUAUCGUCUAUAGGUGACGUUACGUAUGUGAUAUCAAACUACUACGGGUUCUGGGUGAUCUGGGACUCCAACUCGAACGUGAAAUUAGGAGUCUCUACGAAAUUAGCUCGUAAAGUGGACGGUUUAUGUGGAUACUUUGACGGAGUUCUAUCGAAUGACAGACAAUUACCAGAUGGAUCUCAAGCUCGCAGCACUGUAGAGUUUGGGGACAGCUGGAUGAUGGAAGGAGUACCAGAAUGUGACCCACAGGUCUGUCCCUAUGACGUACAAGCUGAAAGUUGGAAGAUUUGCAACAUAGCGAAGGACGCAUCAUUGGCAGAUUGUUCCAACGUUGUGGAUGUAGAGAAGUUCAUAUCUCGCUGUAUGGAAAGCACGUGCAAUUGUUUACGCAGUAAUCAUUCGUAUGAUGAUUGUCGUUGUCGUUCGUUGACCAGUUUUGUCACAGAAUGCCAGGCUGGCAAUUUGAACGUAGAUUUGUCAACCUGGAGAAGUAUUCACGACUGUCCUGUCACUUGUCCUCCACCGCUUGUUCAUAAAGAUUGCUUCAGAAACAAAUGCGAGACCAGCUGCGACAAUUUGCAGCAGAUAGAUCCUUGUCCAAUGAUGCAAGGAGUAUGCUUCUCUGGUUGCUUCUGUCCCGAAGGAACAGUGCGUGAUGGUGAUGCAUGCGUGCCACCUAUGCAAUGUAAAGAUUGUGUCUGCGAAUGGUUGGGAAAUUCCAAGUUCAUUAGCUUUGAUAGAAAGAAUAUUAAAUUCGAUGGAAAUUGCACAUAUGUGUUGUCUAAAAAUGUUGAAACUAAGAAGAGUCCUGAGGAUUACACUUAUCAAAUUUUGGUUUCAAAUGGUGUCUGUGAUGCUGGGACAUGUACGAAAGCGAUCAUAGUUCUUUACCAAGAACACGUUGUUCAGAUUAAGAACGAUGUGCUUUCUCAAGAAUUUGAAGUGGAAGUGGAUGGUUCAAAAGUACCCAACUAUCCUUUCAAUACAUCUUGGCUAGUUUUGGAACAAUGGCCCACAGAAAAGUUACGUUUACUGAUACCUCCAAUUCAGCUGGAAAUUAUUAGCUAUCAGCCUAAUUUUGCGUUCACCCUCACACUACCUUCACAUAUUUUUGGAGGUUCCAUGGAAGGUCUCUGUGGAAACUGUAAUGAAGACUCAGAGGAUGACUUGAAGAAACAGGAUGGAGAAGUCACUACUGAUAUGCAAGAAUUUGGCACAAGUUGGCUAGUCACUGAAUCUCCACGCGGCAUUAAUUUAGACACUAGUGCAUGUACUUCCAACGAUCAAAGCAAAUGUAUUCUACCACCAGAAGACCAAGAUCCGUGCAGGCAGUUAUUAAACACAAUGGAUUUCGGUCAGUGCCACAACCUCGUUGAUCCCAUGCCGUACUUACUGGCCUGUCAAGAUAAUCUGUGCACCGGAGGAGGUUACUGUGAUAGCUUUGAAGCAUAUGCAAGACAAUGUUUGCAAAUGGGAGUUUGUGUAAUAUGGAGAAGUAGUGAAGUAUGUCCGUACAAUUGUCCUUCAUAUCUAGAAUAUCAGCCAUGCGGUCCCUCUUGUAAAGAAACUUGUGACACCAUUAAUGAAGUCGACACUUCCUUGUGCUUAAAGAACUUUGAGGAAGGUUGUUUCUGCCCUCGUGGUUACGUCUUUCAUAAUGAUACCUGUAUUUUGAGGGAAAAAUGUUCGGUUUGCGAUGAAGAAGGACACAUCGAAGGCGAUGAGUGGUACCCAGAUAUAUGCACUACAUGCACAUGCAGUAAGAAAACUGUUAAUUGCCAGAAAACAGAGUGUCUAGCUGCAGAUACUAUCUGUGAGGAGAACAUGACACCUGUUAUUGUUAAUGGAACAGAAGAAAACUGCUGCCCGAAAUAUUAUUGCAUUCCAAAUGUGGUAACAACUUUGGCACCUAUCUGCACAGAGGAGGCACAGAUGCCUGAAUGUGGAUAUGGACAGACUAUGAAAGUAUCCACUGGCUCUGAUGGAUGCAAGAAGUUUAUUUGCGAAUGUCUGCCACCGUCAGAGUGUCCUCUGCUUAAUGAAAUUCCUAAUGAAGUUGAACUUCAACCUGGCUUCGUGCAGGUGACAAAUUCAUCCGGAUGUUGUCCGAGGACUAUGAUGAUUUGCGAUCCUCAAACCUGUCCCCCAGCUCCAAUGUGUCCAGAGUAUUAUGAAUUGAAAAGCAAGGCGGAUCGGAAUGCUUGUUGUACUAAAUAUGAGUGUGUACCACCAAAAGAUUUGUGCUUGUUCAACGUUAGCUCAGACAACCAAAUAGAAAUGUCUGAACAAGUGGUAUCAAAGAAGUUAGGAGAACAAUGGAUGAACGACAAGUGUACCUCUUGCAUCUGCGAAUCUGCUGAAAAUGUUCCUAAAGCAAAAUGUUUCACAACUGAAUGUUUAAAACUUCUAGAUCAUCCAGAUAUCCCUGAUUUCGUUAUGGAAGAAAUUGUUCUGGCGGAUAAAUGUUGCCCCGCUUUUGAAAGAAUCGCUUGCAAAGACAAUGGCAGAAUAUACCAAGUUGGUGAAGUAUGGCAACCUAAUGUUGAAGAUAGUUGCACUUCAAUAGAGUGCAUCAAGGAUGAAGAUAUAAUACAAAAGCAAGUAAAAGUACAAGAAUGUAGCGUUGUUUGCGAUCUUGGUUUCGAGUACCGUCCGUCAGAUAAUAAGAGCAUUAGCUGUUGCGGACGAUGUACACCAGUGGCAUGUGUUUUUGGUAAUCAAUUGAGAAACGUGGGAGAAGAAUGGUACUCCAAUGAUUCCUGCACAAAGUAUUCUUGCAAAUCCAGUAAUGAAACUGUCUUUGUAGAGUCAGUUACAGAGAAAUGCCCACAAAUAGAUAUUGCAGAGGAGUCUGAAUAUGAGAUAGAGAAGCGAUACAUUCCAGGCCAGUGCUGUCCGCAGUUUGUUAAAAUUGGUUGUCGUCACAACGGUAUGAUAUAUAAACCUGGAGAGAAGUGGAAAUCUCCGGAUGAUAUUUGUGUCACAGAGGUUUGCGGAUCAGAGUCAAAUAUGACAAAGUAUAAAGAAGUGGAAGUUUGUUCAAAGAAAUGCGCUCUUGGCUGGACGUAUGAACAACAGGAGGGUGAAUGUUGUGGAAAAUGCAAACAGAGUUAUUGCGUUAUUGGAGAUACACUGUAUGAACCUGGAGCAACUUGGUCAUCCGCUGACAAUUGUACAACUUACAGCUGUAUGGAUCAAGGAGAGCAGUUGUCUGUUACAAGUAGUUCAACAGUGUGUCCUGAUAUAUCCCAUUGUCCCCCCGACUCAAUUUAUACUCAAAACUGUUGCAAGAUGUGCAAUUUGAUACCGGACAAUCAGAAGGUUAAUUUGUGUGCUGCUGAUGUUUUGGAUGCACAAAAUACAAUAGGCAUGUUCAGUGUGAAACAUAGGCUACAUGGUUACUGUAAAAAUGUGCAACCUGUUGAAGGCAUCACAGAGUGCCGUGGAGCAUGUGAAUCUACUUCCUACUUUGAUACAGAGAAUUGGAGUCAAGUCGUUAAUUGCCAGUGCUGUCAGCCAACGGAGUACAGGGGUUUGAUAAUUGAACUGAUGUGCGAAGAUUAUAAAAUGUUGAAGAAACAAGUCGCUGUUCCAGUUUCUUGCUCUUGCUCAGAAUGCACGUCUGGAGGCCAUGGUUAUAAAGGAAGGAAAGGAGGAGUUAAAGGUUGAAGGACUACCAAAAAAAAAGUUAAAAUAAAGUACGAAUUGAAAUAAGUACUUCAAAGUUUUAACAAAGAUUGAAAAUACAAAAAUAUUAUUCGUUGAUUUUAUUAAAUGAUGUGUAUAUAUAUAUAGAAUAUAUAUAUAUAUAGAUAUUAUAUUCUAUAUAAUAGAAUAUAUCAUAUUUCAUGAAUAUAUAUCUUUUUCGUCAACAAUUCAUUUUGUAUCGGCUUCCUCAUACUAAAAUUCAUACUUCGAAUUUUGGAGCAUACUAAGUACAAUAAAACUAAUUCAGUCUCAACAGGACUUACUUUAUACACAUGCACGCAUUCAAAUUUCCUGCUUUGUACUUCAAGAUUCAGAAAUCUCUACUUUCAUGAACGGAUAUUUCUCAAAUAACAAAAAAGAAACAAAUUUUCGAGGCAAAUAAAUUGUGAACGGUGAACAUCAGAGAUAAA